AUGCAUGCUACGAGUCUUAAUAACGAAACGGUGCGGGGCACCCUAAGCUGGUUGAUAGCUAAUCAUUCCUGUCCUACAACUGCAAAUGUGUCGGCUCCUGAAUGCCGCAGUACCCACAGCUCUUGCCUAGAAGACACUUCGUUGUUGCUUUAUGGCUGUGUGGAUGCUAAAGCUACUGAUCAUCUUACUAGUGGGUACACAUGCGAGUGCUCAGAUGGCUACCAAGGCAAUCCUUACGUCGGCGAUGAUGGACUCGAUGCAUGCCAAGAUAUAGAUGAGUGCACUUCUCCAGAGAGGUACAAUUGCUACGGUGACUGCAAGAAUACGCCGGGGAGUUUUAUUUGCAUGUGCCCUGAUGGCUAUGUUGGCAAUGCUUCUUUCCCAAAUGGAUGCCAAGAUAUAAAGGAAUGUGAAAACCCAGAAGCACAUUCAUGCUAUGGAACCUGCCAAAAUUUCCCUGGAGGGUUUCAAUGCCAAUGUCCUGAUGGAACUUAUGGAAAUCCGCGAAUAAAAGAUGGCUGCAUUAUAGUGAAAAGGAAGAAUUCAUUGACGGGAUUAAGCAUCGGGUUGGGAGUAGGUGGUGGAACAAGUCUUUUCCUAGCACUUGUUGCUCCCUUCAUAACACGUAAAAUUAAGUUGCAAAAGGUUAACAGCAAAGGUAUCAGACUUUGGAGCUUCAAGGUCAUGAAAGAAGAAGACAAAGAUGAGGCUAAACAAGUGGCAGCCAUAGCAGCAAUGUGCUUGAGGUUGAAGGGUGAGGAUAGGCCAAAGAUGCGGUACAUGGAGAUGAGGCUUCAAGGACUGCAGGGUUUAGACGUUUACAGUUACAGCUCUGGGAUGGAAGAGCAGCUGGGUGAUCUGAAUGAGUCAACAUUUCAAGGAGGCAACGCCGGCGUUGGCAACAACUAUAGCAGUAGGCAGUACAGUAUGGAGGAAGAGAUCUUGUUAUCAGCGAGCUUGUAA